UCUUGCAUCUCAUUUAUUCUCGCUUCAUUAGUGUCAGCCAUGGCUUCCAUCGAUCACAAGCUCACCAUGGCAAAGAGCUGCGCUCGCGGUAUCAUUAAGCUUUCACUUAAAGAGAUGUUUUAUGUAUAGUGUUGCUUGCUAUCCGUAGCUUAAUUAUAAAUUGUCAUUUAUUUUUGUUUGUUCUUGAAAAUGGUAGAUGGGGUCAUUGCUGGAGCGAAGGCAGCGGUGGUCGCAACCGUCGCAGCGGCCAUACCUACAGUGAGUUUUGUACUAUCAUCAAGCAAGAAGAUAUCUUGCAAGACUCCUGUUUCUUUGCAUAAAUUAAUAUGCCAUUACAUCUUUCAGUUAGCCAGUGCCAGGAUGCUUCCCUGGGCUAGAACAUACCUAAAUCACACGGCUCAAGCCCUCAUAAUUUCAUCAGUUGCUGGUGCUGCAUACUUCAUUGUUGCUGACAAGACUGUUUUGCAAUCGGCAAGAAAUAACUCUUUCAAGAAUGCAGACAAAUCAGAAGCAAUGUGAAUUGCAUUUAGUCAGAUCUCAGUUAUUUAUCAAGAUCUACGGUUUCUCGUAUGUUGACUUGGUAUUAGUAUUAUGGUUUCGUAAGCUUAAAUGAGUAUUAGUGAUUAUGAGCUGUAAUAUCUACAUAAAUACAAUACGAUUGCACUUCUGUUGGAUGUCAGAAAAUUUGUUUGAAUGGAAAGUUUUAAUCAUAUUUUCUUAGGUCCAAUGAUCUACUCCCGUCUAAUUUAAGAUGACCCUGUUUCAUAUAAGAUCACUCCAUCUGCCAACUUUCGCAUAGAUGUUAGACAGUAGAAUAUAAAUGCCGUGGUCUUCAUCCACAAUUUCUAUAAGAUUGAAGGCUACUUAGGAAAUUCAAUUUUAGCUUGGCUUUGACAAGCUCCAAGAAGAGAAGUAAAAAUUAACUCCUUGGGCUUCAUCUUCACCCUUUUAUCAGAGCCUUAGCAACAAUAAAAAGCCCACAUUGACCAACAAAAUCGAUCAGACAACCAUAGUGUCCAUAGUUUAGGAGAAAUCUAUGAUCGAUCCCUUGCCAUGCAUUCAAAAUACUAGUAUUAAGGCUUCGCAUUAGAACUCAGAAUUUUUGGAAAUUCAGUUUUUCUUCAAAGUAGCCACAAUGCAUAUUGCCCGAAUUUAUACUUCCAGGACAUGAACACCUCUAACGCGCAUUUCAUGAAAAAUUAUCCUUGGCAUCACCUAACUGGCCUGAAAAAAUAUCAUAGCAUUAAUCUGGGAGUUGAAGGAACUGCGCGCAUCUACUUAAGAAAUUUCAUCACAUCUGUCGGACAUCGAAAGCGUUCGGAUUCCGACAAUCUAUACUGAUAAGAGAAGUGUGUGAGUAAAAAUAUCCAAGCAAAAGACCAAGCUUAAAGAAGAGUAUUGACGUAGAUGGCUAAUAGAUCUGCGCGUGAAUUUUUUUCCACCUAGAGGAUAAGCUAAAGCCAAGGCUCAAGCUUUAAACAGGAAAUGCAAAUUAAAGGAUUUGGAUUUCCAGCUAGGGAGAUGAGAGUUGUCGUUAAGGCUAAUAGAGUUAGGCGCGAAUGGUAUUGCGUAUGAAGUGGUUUUUUGACGCAUUGUGCCGAGCAGUGAUCGGCGUAAGAAAGAUGGAUGGUAGAACAGACCGCGCAGCUCGAUAUGCUUGGUGAUGGUUAGUUGAUGAGAGUGGAGACUGGUUUUGAUGCUUUAGUCAUGAAUUUUCUAUUUUGCUUCUUGCCAAGAAGGGCUUACUCAAGAAAACUCAAAAGUGUAUU